GUUUACUGCACAUUUACUGUAAAGUCAAUAGGAACAUUUUUUAUCGCUUUUGCAAAAUUUGUGUGUAAAUUUUCUUUAUGCAAUGUUUUACUUUUUAAAAUGUUUAAAAUAACUGAAAGAGUCAAUACUGUUGUACCUCAAUGCAGAGAGCUGAGCUGAGUGAAGCUGAGAGUUCAGGUUUGACAGAUGCACUACAUCUACAACAGUGAAAUUCAUGUGUAUGUUUUGCGAGAUUCUACAGUCUUAUGUUUUACUGUCUUUAAAGCUGCAUGAAUGUAUUUUUGGCCACUUGCUUACAGUGGAACAAGCUGUAAAAGCAGCAUCGACAAAUUAUCUCCUUAAGUUGUUACAGUUGGUUCGCAAACAGUUGCGUUAUCAGCACUGACUUGCUUGUUUCCUGCCAAUAGCCCUGUAUUCAUUCUCCUUUUAGCUCUGUUUAAAGACAUCUGACUAAAGCUGCUAAAUGCUCCACUUUGAUCACCAGCUAGCGGCUAACUUUGUCUUUCUGCCAUUUGGUGCUGAGUAGUAUUGAGCCAUGAGUUUAACACGAGCUUUUUUUCUUUUUACUGAAAACUGCUCCCUCAUGUGGCUAGAAGCGAGAUUGCUCAGAGCGGUGAGAGUGAGCCCCACCCCAUCAAGAUGCUGGGAGUUCAAAUUAAAGCAAUGCUCCACAGUGCUGAUGGGAACUGCAUGCUUGCAUGAUUAUUCUCUGUGGGUCAUCACUACGAGGGACCCCUUUCACAUUACGUGUAGCCAUUUGCUCCAGCUUUAAAGCCCUGAAGUGGAAUGUUUUAAUAUUUCACUGUGAGCAUGCAGCCAGUAAAACAAUGAAAUACAGGAAAAAUACAAAAAGAAUUAAAACCUUUUUUUUUCCGGAAACAUCAUGUCUUUGUUAUGCAAUUGGAUACAUCCUCUGCUUCAUAAGCAACUUGAGACAUGUGGAAAGAGGAAUAUGAUGUAAAUCAGCCAAAAAGUCUGAUGCAAGAAAGAACACAAUGUGCACGGCACACGUAUGAAAUUAAAGGUCAUGUAUCAACAGGAUCCUGGAGUUUUACUGGAAUAGUCGCCCCCUCGUUUAUUCAUUGAUGUGACGAUUUGAAAAUGAUGUCAUCAGUUUCACAACAUUUUCCUUCUCUGUAUGAUGUCUUGAUUUUUUUUUUCUCUUUUUAACUCAGGUACAACAUUUCAGUGUCAGUUAGCUGCAGUGUUGCUUCUUCAAAGUAAAGAGGGAAGCCAAGGACUAAGAAUAAAGACACAGUGUAUAAUAGAUGGAAAGUGGUAAACUUUUGGAGUGGAUACCUUGUGUUGGAUUUUAAAGAGAUCUGCAGCUGAAGGUUGAGCCAAUUUCACAACUGUCAGAACCAAACUCAAGAGUCUUCUUGAUGGCGUCCAACAUCACCACCAGCGUGUCCCAGCAGUCCUCCUCUGCCGCCUUUUCUUUGCCCAUCAGCGUCUCAGCCCAGGUUGGCAUUGUUAUCCUGACCCUGGCGUUUGUGCUGGGCUUCCCCGGGAACCUGUUUGUGGUUUGGUCGGUGUUCUGCCAGGUGAAGAAGCGCUCAGUGACCUGUUUGUUGGUGCUGAACCUGGCUCUGGCGGAUGCUUUUGUGCUGCUCAGCGCACCUUUUUUCCUGCGGUACCUGGCUGGCGGCAGGGGCUGGGAGUUUGGCUCAGCAGCAUGCAAGCUGGUGCAUUACCUGUCAAAUGUUAACAUGUACGUAUCCAUCUAUCUCAUCUGCCUGAUGAGCAUGGACCGCUGGGUGGCUGUCACAAGGCCUUUCCUGUCCCAGAGAAUGAGGACCAAGCGCUCUCUGCUGGCUCUCCUGCUGGGGGUCUGGGUGAUGGCAUUCAUCCUGUCACUGCCGAUGCCUUUUUACCGCAGUAAUUUGAAGAAAACUUUUCCAAACAACAUCACUUUGAGCUUUUGUAUUCCAUACCACUGGCAAAGCGUGGGCCACAAAGUCUUUCAGUACCUGUUUGAGACCAUCAUGGGCUGCCUGGUGCCCUUCUCCCUCAUCAACACCUGUUACGCCUCUGUCAUCUGCCGUCUGCAAAGCGCUAGGUUCCACCGCAGAGGACAAGGCAGCCGCCUAAUCCUGAUGAUAAUUUGUGCCUUUGCAGUUUUCUGGCUGCCUUAUCACAUCGUCAACAUCAUUGAGGUGAUUGGUCUUUUGCAAGGCAGCGCUUCAGUGAUGCAGGCUGCAAAAACAGCCCGGCCAAAUGUCACAGCCUUUGCCUACUUCAGCAGUGCUAUCAAUCCCAUCCUCUACGUGUUUGCCGGCAGCUCGCACAUCCGCCAGGCCGGCCUCAGCUUCAUGGGCAAACUGUUCGAGGCCACCAACUCGGAGAGCCGAAGCACAUCUACCUUCACCCGCAGCACCCGCAGCAGCUCUCGGGAUGAGAGCUCGGCCCUGCAAGCGCUGUCAGUCAAACUGGGGAAGCCUUUCAAGAGCAAGAAUAAGGAGAGGAACAACAGUGCGGUGGACAAAGAGGCCAACACUCUGGCCAGUGUCGAGCAGCUAGGGUAGCGCUUAAGCCAUUUUCUCAGAACUAUCUUUGUAAAUGAGCUUUUGCAUCCGUAAGCUUUAUUACAUUAGACAUGAGAGAGCCUGCACAGCUAUUCUAUAUCACAAUAAUUCUAUUUAGUGACUUUUUAUACAUUCUAAUUGUUUAUAAUUGUACUUAUUAAACAUUAUAUUUUUAUAUGUAAAUUAUAGUGGUAUGUUAUGGUUUCAGCACCUGGCCUUAUUUAAAUUAUAUUGUAAUCUUCCGACCUUAAGCCUCAAAGUCUUAUGGUCAGAAACUUUUUAUUUGUUUUUAGUAAAAGGACAAAUAGUAAAAUUUGUCAUAUUAAUAAAGUUUUCCUAAUA